UAUAAUCUAGGAUUGCUACAGAUGAGGCUGUUAUCCAUAAACUUUUUAGGAGACACAGUAGAUCUAGCACAUCUCACUGAAAUAUUCAUCUGACAGUUUAAAUACGAUAUAAUUAUUUUAAUUAAAUAACAAUCUAACUUUUUUGACAAUUUGGUUUGGAUUAUGUCUACUGGUUAAGUAAACCAUAUGUUUUAACAUUUUUGCAAGACAGAAAGUCAUUUAAGGGUGGAGCCGUCUCCACGCUCACCAGGUUACAUUUCAACGGGCUACCGGCAAAGUGGAAUGGGCAACCAGGUUGACAAACUAUCACACCUAAGUUACGCCGAAGUUCCGACAACGGAUCCAAAUGGCUUUGACACGGAGGAAAAUGGCCCAAGGAUUGGGGUGUCGUAUAUUUUUUCAAAUGACGACGACGAACUAGACGACAAUGUCGAUGUAAGCGCACGAGACCAGAAUCAGGAAGAGAAACACCACGACAAGCGCAAUGAGCUGGAGUGCGCCGUUUACAACAGAGACGAAUGCAUUUACGAGAAAAGUAUCAGCUCUGGACACAUGGAGACGUUUUCUCCCGAGAAAUUACUUAACAAGUGCAAGCCUGGUGAUGUUGUGGAGUUUGUUGCAACUGGCCAGUAUCCCCACUGGGCUAUAUAUGUCGGAGACCUUCAGGUGGUUCACCUUUACAGGGCGGAGGUAAAGAACAGCUUUUUGAUGUAUGCAAGCCAAGGCAGAAGAUGUAGGAUUGUUAAUGAGCUCUACAAAUACAAACCUCUUAGCGCUGACAUAGUAGUUCAGAACGCUAUGGAACAGGUGGGCACCAAAGACAGGGAACUGAGUUGGAGGAAUUCUGAAUGUUUUGCAGCGUGGUGCAAAUUCGGUAAACGAGAGUUCAAGAUAGGAGGAGAAAUCAGAAUAGGAAAGCAACCAUACAGGUUAAAGCUAGUCUUGUCGGAUAAACAGUUUCAUGUCCUCGAAUUUCAGAGUUUGGAGGACUUAAUUAUGGAAAGGAGGCAAAAUGAUCAGACUGGCAAAGUGGCUGUAAUUAGGGAUCUGGCCAAUCAUUUGAACAGUGCUGAAGGAAUCGGAAGUGAACCAAUGGGACACUGACCUUCAGCAGGGGGCAGCCGAGAAAGAUGGACCUUUUAUCCAGAAACACCAUUUUGAAGUUUUGAGUCACCUGUUAUGUUGCAUUCCUUUUGUUAUUUUUUUUUAUUAUCUAAUUAAUGUUGUUUUCUAUAUAGCCUACCCUUUAUUUAGUCAAGUUUGUAUUAGUUUCAGGCCUAUGAUUCUCUGUUCUACAAUGUGUCUUUCAAAAUGAUGAAUUCCAAGAGUAAGAUGUAUCAGGAUAUGAUUAUACGUUAUUUGCCUUUCAAAAAGUUAGUAACCUAUUACAGUAGCCUACCUUGAAGUACUUGCAAAUGAUAUUUAUGGCAUGUCUAGGCAACCUGAAAAUUUGUAGCAGAACAGUUCAUCUGUUUCAUGCACUUGGAAAUGUAAAUAUCCCACAAGGCCUAUAGGCAUUUUGCAAUAUCUAGAAUUAAGGCUUGCUUUUUUUCUUUUUCUUUCUUUAAAUAAAAGCCUAGAGCUAGAACCUCUCAAACACUGGGUCAAACGUUUAAAUCAUGACUUUAUUUUUCUAAUGCUUGUGUACCCCAACAUUAGAACAGUUUUCCCGUUCCAUGUCUGCUUCAUAAGACCAUCUUAGUUUUAACUGACCAUUGUUCAAACUGACCAUUGUUCUUUAUUACUGUGAUAUUCAUGGAGGUUGAUCAACAUAGUAAAUAAUAA